AUGGACGCCCUGGUCCGACUCCUGCAGCUGCUGGUGUUUCUCCUGACCCUCCCCCUGCACCUCAUGGCUCUACUGGGUUUCUGGGAGCCCCUGUGCAAGACCUAUUUCCCCUACCUGAUGGCCGUGCUGGCGGUCAAGAGCAACCGAGUGAUGGAGAGCAAGAAACGGGAACUCUUCAGCCAGAUAAAGGGGCUGGCAGGUGCCUCGGGGAAGGUGGCCCUGCUGGAGCUGGGCAGUGGCACCAGUGCCAACUUCCAGUUCUACCCAACUGGCUGCAAGAUCACCUGCCUGGACCCCAAUCCUCACUUCGAGAAGUUCCUGACAAGGAGCAUGGCCAAGAACAGGCAUCUCGAGUAUGAACGGUUUGUGGUGGCUUUCGGAGAGUACAUGAGCCAGCUGGCCGACGGCUCCAUGGACGUGGUGGUCAGCGCCUUGGUGCUGUGCUCCGUGCAGAGUCCAAAGAGUGUCCUGCAGGAAGUUCGGAGAGUUCUGAGCCCGGUGAGCAGAAAGGGAAGGAUCUGGGCGUGGAGCAGCAACGUGGCAUCGGCCGCCCCAGUGUCCAGGGCACCCAGGAUGGGGUAUCUCCUUACUAGAGCAUGA